AUGGGCUUGGAAAAUACCAUUGCCCGGGAUAAAAACUCCCCGAGCCAAGAUCGUGCAAAGGCCAUGAUCUUUUUGUGCCAUCACAUCGAUGAGGCACUGAAAAUGCAGUAUGUCACGCUGGAAUCCCUACUCGAAUUGUGGGAGAGAUUGAAAGAAAGAUAUGAUCAUUUGAAGCUGAUAUUGUUGCCAAGGGCACGAAGCGAAUGGCAAAGCCUACGGCUUCAGGACUUUAAAACAGUCCAAGAAUAUAAUUCUGCAAUGUUUAAAAUAACAUCACAGUUGCGCCACUGUGGCAAAAAUCAGCAGUAUCGCGAAAGAGGCUUCCAGAAAUAUUCUGAGCUGAUCACCUGUCUUUUGCUGGCCGAACAAAAUAAUGAAUUGCUGUUGAAAAAUCACGAAUCUCGGCCGACAGGUGCAAAUCCAUUUCCAGAGGCAAAUGCAAUACAGCCGGCAAAUCCGGUGCGUGGUCAUGGGCAAGUCAGAAAUCAGCGAAUUGAUCGCGAUCGAAAUCAGAAUCGCGGAUGGGGCCGGGCAAACGCAUACAGUCACAAUAAUUAUCAAAACAGGCCCCGAUAUGUGCCAAAUCGGCGAUAUAAUGACAGAAGGCCGUACAUACCUCAACAGAGGUUCAACACCGGGAGAAACAGAAACAAAAACGAGGAAUGCACCCGGUGUGGAAUCAAAGGUCAUUGGGCCCAUGUUUGUCGCACAGCCAGUCACUUGGCUAAACUGUAUCGGGCCUCAAAAGAAAGACAGGGAAGGAUUGCCCCCGAAACAAAUCACGCUGCCCACGAUCACACAUUUGACGAUGUGAUGAAUGAAAAUAUCACGCACCUGGAUGCUGAUGAUCCGCUUGACAUAGCUGAUGAUGUUAAAUGA